GCGACUAUCUCUCUCGCACUCACGGUUGCGAUAUACCAACUGAUCCAUCCUCUUAAUGAAAUGAAAUAUCACUCAACGCGCGAUGUGCAGCCACCUCUCGUUACCGACGAACGGUAUGCGCACUAACUGCGUGCUAUAUAUUGUGACGUGACAUUUUUGCCCCACCACUCGUACGAAUCGUGUCGACCAGUGGACCGGGUUUACGGCCCAUUUUGACGCCGUUCGACUAGUCGGGUGUUGGUCGGAACGAGACUCAUCGUCACGUAAUUAUAAGUGUUAUUUUAAGAAUCGCGUAUAGUACCUUUCGCGCAACAAUUUACUAGGCCUAAUAACCGUUACCUGUUACCUCCGUGUGCAAGGAGGAGACAGAAUUUUUGAUUGUUUAAUUUUGAGUUUUAACCCUAGAACGCAUGAGCGGGGUGUGAGCACACCCCACGCGCACUUCAAACUACGCUCCCGUCCUAACAAACGACAUUAUUGACUGCUAAUAUGAACCAUAAUUCAAUUUGAACGUUAUAGAGCAGUGUCAGGGUGGUCGCAACUUUAGUACGUCCGUAAUUAACACGCAGUGUAUUUCUAAACAGUGAGUGGGGUGUGUGCGCACCCCAGUUGUGAGUUCGCGUUGAAUUUUGUACGAAAAUGUCUCAGCGAUAUAAUUUGCGCUCCGUUUCGGAGGUUGUCAACACUCUCAGGGAAAAAGAGAGAAUUGAAGCGCCAGAUAUUCCUUCGGAAAAUGAAGAGGACCACGCGGAAGCUUGGAGCGAUUGGGAGGACGAUACCGAUGAUACUGAAUCGGAUGUUUGUGCGCAGGAAGAUCAAGCGCCUCCGACAAAAAAAAACAAAAUGUGGAAAAACGGCAACUUUUGAUGGUGGAUCUUCAAAACGCGGUCGAAGACCGAGUAUUGUUCGUGGAAAAGAUGGCCACCAGUGGUUCAAUACACCUCGGCAACGAUCUCGCGGUAGAUCUAAUACUCCGACAUCUUUUUUGCCAGGUCCAAUCGGAGCGGCAAAACAAUUAAAAACUCCUGUUGAAUUUUGGAGUUUGUUAUUUCCCGAUUCGUUAAUUGAAAAAAUUGUGGUACAUACGAACGAAGAAAUUAGACGUUACCGGGAUGCACUUGAAAUCGAUGAAAAUCGUGAUCGCACCUACAGCACCAUUGAUAUUGUCGAAAUAAAAGCAUACUUCGGACUGCUUUAUUUUUCUGGUAUGCAGAAAACAUCGCACACCAAUACUGAAGACCUAUGGAAUCCCAUGUAUGGCUCCAUCAUGUAUCGAUCAACGAUGUCACGUAACCGAUUCUGGUUCAUUUCAAAAAAUUUACGUUUUGACGAUAAGACCACGAGAGGUGAACGAAGAGAAACCGACAAAUUUGCUCCUAUUCGCGAAGUGUGGGAACAGUUUUUAUCAAAUUGUAAGCUCAACUAUAAUCCAGCUUCGUACGUCACAAUCGAUGAACAAUUGGUCUCUUUCCGUGGACGGUGUCCUUUUAAAGUUUAUAAUGGAUCCAAACCUGAUAAAUAUGGCAUAAAGAUUCUGAUGUUAAAUGAUGCUAGAACGUUUUACAUGUUCAAUGCUGAGCCAUAUGCUGGAAAAGUUAUAGUUGCUGGAACUGAGAGUGUCCCUUCAUACUAUAUACAGAAAUUGUCAGAGACACUGCACGGAUCUAAAAGAAAUAUAACUUGCGACAAUUGGUUUGCGUCAGUGCCAAUUUUCAAGAAAAUGCUCAGCGAACACUUGAUCACGAUGGUGGGAACACUCCGAAAGAACAAACGAGAAAUCCCUGAAGAUUUCAAACGACCAGGAUCUGUGCAAUCGUCGAAGUUUGCGUUUGAUGGACAAAUGACUCUGGUGGCCCACACUCCGAAAAAAAAUAAAGUAGAGAUUUUGCUCUCAACUUUACACGAAAACGAUGCAAUCAACCCCGAGACCAAGAAGCCGGAGAUAAUCCACUUUUACAACACUACAAAAGGAGGUACUGAUUCAUUCGAUCAAUUGUGCCAUGAAUAUACGACGGCUCGGAAAACUCUCAGGUGGCCCAUGAGAAUCUGGAUGGCGAUGUUAGAUCAAGGAGGUAUAAAUGCGAUGAUAUUACACAAUUUCAACGCAGCUAUUAUUCUUAAGAAAAGGAAAGAUUUCUUGAAGGAGCUAAUACAAGCUUUAGUGGAACCACAUAUGCGGCUGAGACUGAAGAUUCCCACUCUUUGCCGAGAACUUCGCUUAAAUAUCCAGACGAUUCUUCACGAAGAAGACCUUCCGGUGAGGCAGGUGAAUAAAAAACAAGGUAGAUGUGCCUUAUGCCCGAGGUCGAAGGAUCGAAAAAGUCAGACGUACUGUACGAAGUGCGGCCGAGCCAUAUGCGAAGAGCACAAAAUUAAAUUGUGCGUAGAUUGUGUGGCGGUUGACUAAAUUUCUAAUAUAUUGUCCAUUUUCACAUUUUUUCAGUAUCAAUACAACUUUUUUUAAUAAAAAAACUUCGUUGAUUAUCAAUUAAUAAUUAAUUUGAUUGAAUUAAAUCAAUAA